UUCCUUCUCUGAGUUGCACCACACAAUGAUUUUUCAAACCACAAUCUCCCGCAUUUUCUUGGCGCCAAGCAGAAGCUCGCAGCGGCCAGCAAAAGCCCUUAUCAAUCAGCUGCUGAUUCUCUUGAAGCAGAGCAAAUCAAUUAGAUCAGUGCAGCAAAUCCACGCGCAAAUCCUGAUCCACUCAAUCCCGAUGCCCAUGCCCAAUUAUUUACUCUCCAAAAUCGUCGAGCUCAAAGAUUUUAGCUACUCCACCCUUCUCUUCCCCCAAAUCCCAAUCAACAGCUACGCAUUCAAUGUAAUGAUCAGGGGCCUCGCCACAUCAUGGGGAAACUUCGAUUCCGCCCUAGAAUUGUUCGUCCAGAUGAAGUCCUCCGGCGCGAGGCCGGACAAUUUCACGUACCCGUUCGUUUCCAUCUCGUGCGGGAGCCUAGACGCGUUGGGAAUCGGGAGAUCGGUUCAUUGCGAGGUUUGUAAGAGUGGUCUGCUGGUGGAUUUUCACGUGGCGAAUUCGUUGAUCACGAUGUACUCGAGGUGUGGAGAGAUGGGGCUUGCGAGGAAGGUGUUUGAUGAAAUGACUGAGAGGGAUCUGGUGUCGUGGAACUCGAUAAUAUCGGGGUAUUCGAGGGCGGGCUGCGCUGGAGAGGCGGUGGGGAUGUUUGGUGAGAUGAGGGAGGGAGGAGUGGAGCCUGAUGAGAUGACGCUCGUCAGCGUGCUUGCUGCGUGUGGGGAUUUGGGGGAUUUGGAAUUGGGUCGAUUGGUUGAGGAGCAUGUGGUGAGGAAAGGGAUGGAGCUUAAUUCAUACAUUGGCUCUGCUUUGAUUAAUAUGUAUGGGAAAUGUGGGGAGUUGCAGUCUUCGAGAAGGGUCUUUGAUGGCAUGAAAAGGAAAGAAAUAGUCAUUUGGAACUCCAUGAUCACUGGAUAUGCACAAAAUGGACAGUCAGAUGAAACUCUCUCAUUGUUUGAUGCCAUGAAGGAAACCGGGCCAGAGCCUAAUGAGAUCACACUGAUAGCAGUUCUCUCCGCGUGUGCUUCGAUUGGUGCUCUAGAUUUGGGGAUAAGGAUCGAUAAAUACGCAUCCGAGAGAGGAUUUCAUCGUAAUAUCUAUGUUGGAACAGCUUUGGUUGACAUGUACGCGAAGUGUGGUAAUGUGGAAUAUGCGUCAAGGGUUUUUGAAGAUAUGCCUGUGAGAAACGAGGUUUCUUGGAACACGAUGAUAUCUGCACACGCUUUUCAUGGGCGAGCAGAGGAUGCGCUCGCCCUGUUUCAGCGCAUGUUAGAGGAGAAAGGCUUUUGCCCAGACGACAUAACAUUCAUAGGGGUGCUUUCUGCUUGUGUUCAUGCUGGCUUGGUGGAUGAAGGGCGUCGAAUAUUUGAUUUGAUGAGCUCCUUCUUUAAGCUGACCCCAAAAGUUGAGCACUAUUCUUGCAUGGUUGAUCUUCUUUCUCGUGCUGGACGGCUGUAUGAAGCUUGGGACUUCAUUCAGAAGAUGCCUCAGAAACCCGAUGAAAUUUUAUUAGGGGCGUUGCUCGUUGCCUGCCAGAAGCUGAAGAACGUAGAUAUUGGGGAGAGGGUCAGUCGGCUUCUCCUAGAAAUGGAGCCCUCAAACUCUGGAAACUAUAUCAUCUCGUCUAAAAUCUAUGCCGAUAUGAGGAGGUGGGAGGAUUGUGCUAGGAUGAGAACACUAAUGAAACAGAACGGUGUUACUAAAACUCCGGGAUGUAGUUGGAUUGGGACGGAUGGCCACCUUCGUGAGUUUCACGCUGGCGAUUUUUUGAUUGAAGAUGCAGAAGAAAUUCACCGAGUUCUUGACAUGCUAUAUGAUGAUAUGGCAAUGGAAUAUAGCAUGGAUGUAGAUUUAUCUCGAGAUGUCCACCUGAAUGUCCUAAACCAUAAACCUGCAGUCGAGCCUCCAUCGCCUAUUCUAUCUGCAAUGUAGGCUUCGAAUUUUGAUGAUUCGAGGAUCUGAUGCAGGAAAUUGAGAAGUUUUUGAAGGCAUUUACCAAACAGUGGGGAUGCUUGAAUGAUGGCGCGGAUGCUCUUGAAGUCUGAAGCAACUAUCGUAUAAAAGCACGAGUUAUCCCUCUCUCGCUCUCGGGUGCUAUGUUGGCUGGACUUCUGUAUUUGCUUGUUGUGAUUCUGUGAACACCGAAUAAGUCGGAUACCUCGAGCACAGGAAGAAUCCUCCAAUCAAUCUCUCAUCCAGCACCAUUCUGUCUCUGAUAUAUUUGGAAAACACAUCUGUGAGGGAGGAGAUGAGUAAUGCUUGGCGACUGCACCUAUGGAGCCUUCACCUUCAAAUGAUAGAUCAUCAGAUUGGUGAGCAAUAUGUCACAGUUUUAUAUAUGCAUAUAUCUAUAUGAAAAUGAAGGUCUUAUAUGUAUAUGCCUAUAUGGUGGCACUUAAAGGUGGAUUAUACAUGGACUUUUUUCCCACCUAAGCACCAAAAUGCACCUAAGAAUCCGGUGGGCGAUUCAUCCUUCCAUCACCGGACCGGAUUCUGUAAUUUGGUGUGUGAAUCAAACUUUUUUCAAAGUUGAGGUUCUUAAAGUGAAAAAGUGAGUCAGUGACUUUUUGGAAAACGUUGAAAGUUGGGAAUAAAAAUUAUAAUUAACCCUUUUGUUAUAUGCAUAUAUCUAGAUGAAAAUGAGGGUUUUAUAUACUCCCUCCGUCCCGUCCAAGACGAUACAUUUGCUUUUCGGCACGGGAUUUAAGGAGUUGUAGAUUAGUGUUUUAAGAAUGUAAUAAUAAAGUGAUAAAGUAGGAGAGAGAAGGUAAUAAGAGGAUACUUAAUUAGUGUUAAUUAAGUGUUUAAAAUUCCUUAUUUUUUCCAAAUAUAGAAAUGUAUCAUCUUCGUUGGGACGGCCCGAAAAGGAAUAUGUAGCAUCUUGGGCGGGACAGAGGGAGUAUAUGCUUGUAUAGUGGUGCAUGGAAUGAAAGUCAAGGAAAGGUGUCAUUUGUGUACAAUGAGCUGCAGGUGUUGAUUCAUGAUUAUCAAGUAGGUUUAUUGUUCAUCGCCUCAAAUUAGCAUUUGAUAAUUACUUGCAACAGUCUUUAACAAAAACCUAAAAAAUGCAAGGCAUCUGUGAAUAAUAAAUAGUUCGAGACUUUCAUUA